UAUAGAAACACAGCAUGAAAGCAUAUGAUGAUGUGAGUCAAAGAUUGCUUUUUUAGUGGACAUAUAGAGCAGCUUGGCAGCUCUUUUGUCUUUCUUCUUCCCUCAUAUGUGUGAGAGAGAGUUUUACUUGAGAGUACUCUACAUUUGUUACCCCACUACCCCUUUUCUUCUCAGUCCCUAUCCCUACAAGGCAUGCUCUUUUUUUUUUUUUUGGUCAUUAACUCAUUAUAUGGUGUAACUUUUGGUGGGUUGGUGCUAAUUGCUGUGUUAUUCUUUUACCCAUGUGCUUUUCUUGAUUCUGGGAGAAAUUUUUAAGUACCAAUUUUUAGUCAGAAACUGAAUACUCUUUAAGCAAUGUGAGGUUGGUUUUGGUAUCUUCUCUUUUACCCUUUUGGAGAAUAUCUAAAUGUGAAAUGUGCUUUCUUGGAUGAGACUUUGAGCUUAAGAGAUUAACAGUAAAUGAUUGCUUCCGCUAGGAGUUUGUUGGGUUUUUCUUUUGCUUCACUUCUCUGAAAUCAAGUGGGGUAUGGUAAUGGACUGUUUCAAGAUUUGUUUUACAAUAAAUUGUACAUUUUUCAUUAGGGGGAUUCAUAGUUAACUGGGGAUUGUGGGAUUUCUUUGUUUUGUUAUAUUUGUUUUAGUUAAUUGGACCAAAGUUUGCACCUUUGAGGUUUUUUUGUUCUAAACGAUGGAAUUUAUCAUUAGUGUCCCUUUGAAUUUGUGCAUUUGUUAGGCAUUUUAGCCUUUGCUCAGCCUUCUUGUUUUCAAUUUGAAUACAUGGGUAUGCCCUUUCUGUUUUGAUUUUUGUUGUAUAUCUUCAGUUUUGCAAACAUGGAAGCAUUUUGGUUUCUUGGUCUAGAUUCUUUCUCUUAGAUCUAGUUGUUUGCUGUAUUCCUGAACUUUUGUUAUGUUGAAGGCAUGUUUGGGUUCUUGGAGUCUAAAAAUCCAAUCUUUGGAUAUUUUCAAUUGGUUUGGUUCAUAGAAAUGUUGCCCUAUAAGAUUUUAGUCCUACAACAACAUACUCAUUGUAAUUCCACAAGUGGUGUCUGGGAAGAUUGCAGAUCAAUUGAUAUGACUAGACAUGGAGUUGGAAUUCGACAAGUAUUGUGUAGUAGAUGGAAGUCCUACAACUGUGCUUCCAUCUCCACGACACCGUCUAAAAGGUGAAAGUAGAAAAAGCAAAGGAAAUUCCAAAUGCAGCAAAGAAGUAUUGUCUGUAGAUGGUGACUUCACUGAGAUAAGCUUUCAUCGUUAUCGUAGUGUGUCCUGUAAAGAUGCUCCAUCAAGGAAAUCACAUUUGGGAGGAAAUGAUAUACUAAAGAGGGGCUCUGUCUAUCAAAGUUCUAAAGACGUUAGAGGCAUCAAGAAAACUGAUGCUGUUGAGGAAAGAAGAAAAAUUGAGUUCUCUAGGGGCAAUGCCUCUGCAUUCUCAUUUGGCAUUGUUGAUGUUUUGUGUGGUUCAGAUGAGGAUAAUUCUCUUGUAGAUAAACAGAGAUCCUCUUUCAAACUUAUUCCCGAGAGAGAUGAACCAUCAGAUAGCUCUCUAGGAAGUUCUUUAAAUUCUGAUCAUAGAGAAAACAGAAGGACUCAAAUUCCAAUAAUACAGUCAGCUCAGGAUUCAAACAUCAUGCCUCAAUCCGUUGCUGAUCGUCUAUGUGAAGUUAACAGACAAACGGAGAGGGAUCCAUCUGUGUCUUUAUCCAAAUCACUCUCUGCAAAGAUAGCACUACCACAUUCGCCUGCUCGGUCAGAAAGUGAUAGCUCCAGGACUAGCAGCCAAAAAUCCCGUUUCAGCCCUAUAAGAAAGAUGUUUGAUCCAUUUGGUAAAUCAAAGUCUCUGAAAAGUCCAUUGAGUUAUACUUUCGAACCUGGCACGGAUAUUAAGCAUGAGCUUAUUAGCGCCAGUAGAGGCAGAACAGUUCAUAAAUCUCUAUUGCAUGAUUUCUCAAGCAUAGCAGAGCCAUUGGAAUGUAAUUCAAAUGUGCAGAGUUUACCGGCUCACUUACACGGCUUGCUCAGGCUGGAUAAGAAAAGUGGAUUGCCCUUUUUUGAGUUCUCAGUAAAGUCACCUGAAGAUAGUUUUGUCGCGAAGUCAUGGAAAGUUGAGAAUACCUUGAAUUGGGUGUACACAUUUCAUUCCAUUCACGACAAAAGGAAGAGAAAUGCUACUGGUGGAUGGGGAUCAAAAUAUGGCAUUAUAGAACCGUUGUUGGUUGGGCGGAUGCAAGUUUCCUGUUAUUUAUGUACAGACAUUAAAAACGCUGGAAAUUGUGACAACUCAAUGGUGACAGAGUUUGUCUUGUAUGAUACUCCCCAUUCAAGAAAAAGAGUUUCUUUUCAAGAAAGUUGUUCUUCCCCUGAUGUCACUAUUGCACCCAAGGCCUCAGUUGAAAAGUCAUCUGGAGCUAAUUGUGAAACCUUAGAGGUUGAAAUUGCAGCCAUUGCUAUAGAGAUACCAUUUGAAAAGAGAGAGAGUUUAAAAUUCAGGAGUGGGGAUGCAAAGGCUGAUCAGCCCCUUCCAAACUUACUGGAUCUCUCUGUGGUUGAACAAAGAAUUGGACAUUCUGAUUGUGUAAGCCCCGCCAAGGUGAACGUUGUGAUCCCUUCUGGACACCAUGGUCUUCCAACAACUGAAAGUCCCGGUCCUUCCCCCUUGUUGGAUAGAUGGAGAAUGGGUGGAGGUUGUGACUGUGGCGGCUGGGACAUGGCAUGCCCGCUUCACAUAUUUGGCAAUCCAAAUAUUCGUAUUGAUGAGAACCGUACUCUGGUCGAGCGGCAGCAGCCACUGGAACUCUUCAUCCAGGGAAGAAAAAAUAAAGCUCCAGCAUUGACCAUGACGCUUAAGGAGGACGGACAGUAUUCAGUUGAUUUCCAUGCUCAGUUAUCUGCAUUACAAGCAUUCUCUAUUUGUGUCUCAAUUUUGCAUUCUAUGGAAACCUCGAUUGCCGUGGGACAAGAGAACAAUGUAGAAUCUUUGCAAUCCAACAUGUUGAGGGUGUUUGUUCCGGAUGAAAACAUUAAAGGUUUGAUUAAUGCAGUUAGAGAGGAAAAGAAACAGAAUGUACACAAGAAAGUGGUGCAAAUAGUCCCAUCUUUUGUGCUCAAUCCACCAUUCUCUCCAAUUGGUAGAGUAUAGUCUUGAAUGACUCACUCAACAGGCGUAUAUCAAGUUCCAUACAAAACCUUGUUGCUUUGUGAACUCGAGAUCAUCCGGAUGCAACUUUUUUGUGCAUGAGAGGAACCAAGAUGAUGAAUGGUGCACACAAGGCAGUAUCCGCGAGCUUGUCAAAAUCUGAUUUUCAGCUUGAUGAUCCAUGUAUUUUUUUCUUCUGGAAUAGGGUCAAAAUGUUAGAGAUGCCACCAUACUGUUUAUAUUGUUAGUUGAUAGGGAGGGCAUAGGAAAUCUCAAUUCAAUUUUUUCAACUAUAGAAAAUUUCAGAUAUAAGCAUUAGCCUACUUGUAAUUUAUUUAUAAUGGCCACAAGUUGCUGAAGGAAAGAAAGUCAUAAGGGAAAUUUUGAACACUCUUUGUAGUAUGAGUUAGUAUAAUACUUUUGUUUGAGUUUUUUUUUAUGCAAGUAUACUAUUUGUGGGAAAUAAAUAGCUCUUGGGCCAUUUAAUGCAA